GUAAUUAAACUAAAAUAAUUGAUUAAUUUAAUUAAAAAAUUGCAAAAAAAUAAUAAUAAUCAAAGAAUGAAUAAAGAGGAAAUUGAGACGAAAGAGGAGCUCGAUAAGAAAAAUUAAAUAGAAAAUAAAGAAGAAAUUGAGCAAAAAGACCCAUCUCCUGUUGAAGUCACAACAAAAGAACCUAAUACCUAUUAGAAGUAUCGCUUUUAUAUAGUAUAGUUAUAAUGCUUGCUUGUCGCAAUUAUCACUACUGGAUUAAUGUAAUUAUCAAACCAUCUAGCUAUCUACUUGAUUUACUGCUGUCCAAUGUAUUUCUUUAUAGUUUUAGUCUAAUACACUUGUUGUUGGUAUUAAGUUUACAGAUUUACAUUCUUUUUUGAACUAUGUAGUUUGAUUGUGUUUGUAGUUUGUUUACCAGUAUUCUUUGGAGUAUUUUUCGGCUGUUUUCAUCCAACCGCUUCUGUAGAACUAGUAUAAGCUUAAAAUUGCUAAAUGAUUGGCUAAUUAAGUAACUUUAUUGAAAAUACGGAGAAAUACUCAAUACUCUAUAUCAACUUUGAAUUCGAAGGCUAAAAAUACUUAGGACAAGCUUGUGCUUCUAAUUUCCAUGAUUCUCAUAUAUUUAAUGAAGCUCCUGCUUAUUAUUUUUAUUCUAAAUAUGAGGGAAUUAAAUGUGGGUCAUCAGAUGGAAAUAGAACAGAUCCAUAAUAUCCAUAUUCUAGAUUAUUAUCUUAAAACAAUUUUAAUUAAACAGAGUUAGAAAGCAAAAAAAGAUUUCUUGCUAGAGUUUCAUCUACACCUGGAUGCUUGAGAGAUUACACAUGGAGCUAAGUAAAAAUAGCCAGCUGGUUAUGUUAAUCUAGAGGAUAUGAUGUAGAAAAAUUAAUGGAACCUCAAUCAUGUUAUGUUAAUUUUUAUAAAGGAAGAAAAGCAGUUGAAAAUGGUAUAUAAAGAUCUCCAAUGAGAGACUCAAGUAAUUUCCCUCUUAUAACAUAUUAACCACACGCAUACUACCCUGUGUCAGAUUUAGUUUGCUUAAUAGUAUUUACUUAUUAUAGUUGGAUACUAUCCCUUAGUUGUAUAUUUAAUCGCACAAAUAAAUGUAUUCGCAGAAAAAUUAAAAAAAGAAAUGAGUUAGCAAUUCCAGUUUUAGAACAAAAACUUGAUCCAUAAUCAGUUUAAUAAAUUUAACUUGAAUAAUAAAAUAAAGAAAUGUUAAAUACAAUGCCAAAUGUUAAUUAAAUACAUUAAGAAAAUAUUAACUUCAAAAUAACAAAAAAUGUUGAAGAUAUCCAAGAAUAAUAAUAAAUAUCAAACCCUAUGAAUUAAUAUGAAAAAAGAUGCCAUUUCUUAUCUGAUUUAAAUUAAGUUCCCGUUUUACCUCUAGGUUCAGAUGAAAGUAAAGAUGAUGUUGUAAAAAAUACAUAAAAAAAGGAUAGUUAAUAGAAAUAUCCUUUCCUUUGA